UGCGCCAAGAAGUCCCGCCUCCAGGAAGUGAUCAUGGAGCAGCAAGCUAACUUCCUGUCCUGGUGGAAGGUUCUACACAAUGACCCCCAGGAAAGACUGGAGCAUGAGGGGCUGCCUGUUCCUGUACGUAAAACACACAGUCACACACACGGUUAUGCUAUCAGUAGCCCGGUUUUUGUGAUCUGAUCAAGAUGAUCCAAUCACUGUCUGAUCAAGGUUUGACGUGUUUUAAAAUGCGUCUCUUUUCUGUCCACUGUGUCUACAUUGUGACCAGGUUUCCUGGUCCCUCUCUGUAUGCAAAUCAUUUCACAGAUUUUCUUUGAAAAUAAUAUGAAUUUAUUUAUUUUAAGACACUUAUUGAUGCUAUAUGUCAAUGGUGCCACCCAUCAAUGAUUUUGAAGAGCAGUAAAAUGAUGGUUUGACCAUCCAGAUCUGUUUACACUUGUUAAAUAUCCAGACACAAUGGUUCCCUGACUACCUCCAGAGGUGGUCAGGAAGAUCUGAUCAAAAUCAGAUCACAACACAUCUUGUAAUUGUCUACACUCUUAGAAAAAAGGGUUCCAAAAGGGUUCUUCGGCUGUCCCCAUUGGAUAACCCCUUCUGGUUCCCAGGAGAACCCUUUCUAGUUCCCGGUAGAACCCUUUUGGGUUCAAUGUAGUAAAAGUUCUAAAUGGAACCAAAAGGUUUCUACCUGGAACCAAAAAGGGUUCUAAAAAGGGUUCUCCUAUGGGGAUAGCCGAAGAACCCUUUUCGGUUCUAGAGAGCACCUUUUUUUCUGAGAGUGUACAACUGUCAAAACAAUGAGGCACAAUCAGAAUGUGGAGUAAAGUGAUGUAACUCUGUGUCUCUACAGACCAACAGUAAAGUGAUGUAACUCUGUGUCUCUACAGGCCAACAGUAAAGUGAUGUAACUCUGUGUCUCUCUACAGACCAACAGUAAAGUGAUGUAACUCUGUGUCUCUACAGACCAACAGUAAAGUGAUGUAACUCUGUGUCUCUCUACAGACCAACAGUAAAGUGAUGUAACUCUGUGUCUCUACAGACCAACAGUAAAGUGAUGUAACUCUGUGUCUCUACAGACCAACAGUAAAGUGAUGUAACUCUGUGUCUCUACAGACCAACAGUAAAGUGAUGUAACUCUGUGUCUCUACAGACCAACAGUAAAGUGAUGUAACUCUGUGUCUCUCUACAGACCAACAGUAAAGUGAUGUAACUCUGUGUCUCUACAGACCAACAGUAAAGUGAUGUAACUCUGUGUCUCUCUACAGACCAACAGUAAAGUGAUGUAACUCUGUGUCUCUCUACAGACCAACAGUAAAGUGAUGUAACUCUGUGUCUCUCUACAGACCAACAGUAAAGUGAUGUAACUCUGUGUCUCUCUACAGACCAACAGUAAAGUGAUGUAACUCUGUGUCUCUCUACAGACAACAGUAAAGUGAUGUAAACUCUGUGUCUCUCUAAGACCAACAGUAAAGUGAUGUAACUCUGUGUCUCUCUACAGACCAACAGUAAAGUGUUGUAACUCUGUGUCUCUCUACAGACCAACAGUAAAGUGAUGUAACUCUGUGUCUCUACAGACCAACAGUAAAGUGAUGUAACUCUGUGUCUCUCUACAGACCAACAGUAAAGUGUUGUAACUCUGUGUCUCUCUACAGACCAACAGUAAAGGAUGUAACUCUGUGUCUCUACAGACCAACAGUUAAAGUGAUGUAAACUCUGUGUCUCUCUACAGACCAACAGUAACGUGAUGUAACUAUGUGUCUCUUACAGACCAAACAGUAAAGUGAUGUAACUCUGUGUCUCUCUACAGACCAACAGUAAAGUGAUGUAACUAUGUGUUCUUCUACAGACCAACAGUAAAGUGAUGUAACUCUGUCUCUCUACAGACCAACAGUAAAGUGAUGUAACUCUGUCUCUCUACAGACCAACAGUAAAGUGAUGUAACUCUGUCUCUCUACAGACCAACAGUAAAGUGAUGUAACUCUGUGUCUCUACAGACCAACAGUAAAGUGAUGUAACUCUGUCUCUCUACAGACUAACAGUAAAGUGAUGUAACUCUGUGUCUCUCUACAGACCAACAGUAAAGUGAUGUAACUCUGUCUCUCUCUACAGACCAACAGUAAAGUGAUGUAACUCUGUGUCUCUACAGACCAACAGUAAAGUGAUGUAACUCUGUGUCUCUACAGACCAACAGUAAAGUGAUGUAACUCUGUGUCUCUCUACAGACCAACAGUAAAGUGAUGUAACUCUGUGUCUCUCUACAGACCAACAGUAAAGUGAUGUAACUCUGUGUCUCUACAGACCAACAGUAAAGUGAUGUAACUCUGUGUCUCUACAGACCAACAGUAAAGUGAUGUAACUCUGUGUCUCUACAGACCAACAGUAAAGUGAUGUAACUCUGUGUCUCUACAGACCAACAGUAAAGUGAUGUAACUCUGUGUCUCUACAGACCAACAGUAAAGUGAUGUAACUCUGUGUCUCUACAGACCAACAGUAAAGUGAUGUAACUCUGUGUCUCUACAGACCAACAGUAAAGUGAUGUAACUCUGUGUCCUCUACAGACCAACAGUAAAGUGAUGUAACUCUGUGUCUCUCUACAGACCAACAGUAAAGUGAUGUAACUCUGUGUCUCUCUACAGACCAACAGUAAAGUGAUGUAACUCUGUGUCUCUCUACAGACCAACAGUAAAGUGAUGUAACUCUGUGUCUCUCUACAGACCAACAGUAAAGUGAUGUAACUCUGUGUCUCUCUACAGACCAACAGUAAAGUGAUGUAACUCUGUGUCUCUCUACAGACCAACAGUAAAGUGAUGUAACUCUGUGUCUCUCUACAGACCAACAGUAAAGUGAUGUACUCUGUCUCUACAGACCAACAGUAAAGUGAUGUAACUCUGUGUCUCUACAGACCAACAGUAAAGUGAUGUAACUCUGUGUCUCUACAGACCAACAGUAAAGUGAUGUAACUCUGUGUCUCUCUACAGACCAACAGUAAAGUGAUGUAACUCUGUGUCUCUACAGACCAACAGUAAAGUGAUGUAACUCUGUGUCUCUACAGACCAACAGUAAAGUGAUGUAACUCUGUGUCUCUCUACAGACCAACAGUAAAGUGAUGUAACUCUGUGUCUCUCUACAGACUAACAGUAAAGUGAUGUAACUCUGUGUCUCUCUACAGACCAACAGUAAAGUGAUGUAACUCUGUCUCUCUCUACAGACCAACAGUAAAGUGAUGUAACUCUGUGUCUCUACAGGCCAACAGUAAAGUGAUGUAACUCUGUGUCUCUCUACAGACCAACAGUAAAGUGAUGUAACUCUGUGUCUCUACAGACCAACAGUAAAGUGAUGUAACUCUGUGUCUCUACAGACCAACAGUAAAGUGAUGUAACUCUGUGUCUCUACAGACCAACAGUAAAGUGAUGUAACUCUGUGUCUCUACAGACCAACAGUAAAGUGAUGUAACUCUGUCUCUCUCUACAGACCAACAGUAAAGUGAUGUAACUCUGUGUCUCUACAGGCCAACAGUAAAGUGAUGUAACUCUGUGUCUCUACAGACCAACAGUAAAGUGAUGUAACUCUGUGUCUCUACAGACCAACAGUAAAGUGAUGUAACUCUGUGUCUCUCUACAGACCAACAGUAAAGUGAUGUAACUCUGUGUCUCUACAGACCAACAGUAAAGUGAUGUAACUCUGUGUCUCUCUACAGACCAACAGUAAAGUGAUGUAACUCUGUCUCUCUACAGACCAACAGUAAAGUGAUGUAACUCGUGUCUCUACAGACCAACAGUAAGUGAUGUAACUCUGUGUCUCUACAGACCAACAGUAAGUGAUGUAACUCUGUCUCUCUACAGACUAACAGUAAAGUGAUGUAACUCUGUGUCUCUACAGACCAACAGUAAGUGAUGUAACUCUGUGUCUCUACAGACCAACAGUAAAGUGAUGUAACUCUGUGUCUCUACAGACCAACAGUAAGUGAUGUAACUCUGUGUCUCUCUACAGACCAACAGUAAAGUGAUGUAACUCUGUCUCUCUCUACAGACCAACAGUAAAGUGAUGUAACUCUGUGUCUCUACAGGCCAACAGUAAAGUGAUGUAACUCUGUGUCUCUCUACAGACCAACAGUAAAGUGAUGUAACUCUGUUCUCUCUACAGACCAACAGUAAAGUGAUGUAACUCUGUGUCUCUACAGACCAACAGUAAAGUGAUGUAACUCUGUGUCUCUACAGACCAACAGUAAAGUGAUGUAACUCUGUGUCUCUACAGACCAACAGUAAAGUGAUGUAACUCUGUGUCUCUACAGACCAACAGUAAAGUGAUGUAACUCUGUCUCUCUCUACAGACCAACAGUAAAGUGAUGUAACUCUGUGUCUCUACAGGCCAACAGUAAAGUGAUGUAACUCUGUGUCUCUACAGACCAACAGUAAAGUGAUGUAACUCUCUGUCUCUCUACAGGCCAACAGUAAAGUGAUGUAACUCUGUGUCUCUACAGACCAACAGUAAAGUGAUGUAACUCUCUGUCUCUCUACAGACCAACAGUAAAGUGAUGUAACUCUGUGUCUCUCUACAGACCAACAGUAAAGUGAUGUAACUCUGUGUCUCUCUACAGACCAACAGUAAAGUGAUGUAACUCUGUCUCUCUACAGACCAACAGUAAAGUGAUGUAACUCUGUGUCUCUACAGACCAACAGUAAAGUAAUGUAACUCUGUGUCUCUACAGACCAACAGUAAAGUAAUGUAACUCUGUGUCUCUCUACAGACCAACAGUAAAGUGAUGUAACUCUGUGUCUCUACAGACCAACAGUAAAGUGAUGUAACUCUGUGUCUCUACAGGCCAACAGUAAAGUGAUGUAACUCUGUGUCUCUCUACAGGCCAACAGUAAAGUGAUGUAACUCUGUCUCUCUCUACAGACCAACAGUAAAGUGAUGUAACUCUGUGUCUCUACAGACCAACAGUAAAGUGAUGUAACUCUGUCUCUCUCUACAGGCCAACAGUAAAGUGAUGUAACUCUGUGUCUCUACAGGCCAACAGUAAAGUGAUGUAACUCUGUGUCUCUACAGACCAACAGUAAAGUAAUAAUCUCCCACUGCAAGACCAACCAGGCUCUGGCUGUUCUAGGACAGCACAUCUUGUGGUAAAACUUUACUUGACAUUUCACAUGAGAGAACCCUGUAAAGGUUACACAGGAUAGAAGCAGCAGUAGUCUAUUAGUACUCUAUGUUGUAUUGUUGUAGUAUUUUGUUGUAUUGUUGUAGUAUUUUGUAGUAGUAAUUAGUAGUAAUAGUAGUAGUAGCAGUAAUAGUAGUAAUAGUAUCUAAUAUUAAACCUAUUCCUUCAGGACUCCAUAUGGUAAAGAAUAUGAGGUGACAGUAGUACUUGGAUAGUAGUAUAGUAGCUACAGUGGGGAGAAAAAGUAUUUGAUACUCUGCCGAUUUUGCAGGUUUUCCUACUCACAAAGCAUGUAGAGGUCUGUAAUUUUUAUCAUAGGUACACUUCAACUGUGAGAGACGGAAUCUAAAACAAAAAUCCAGAAAAUCACAUUGUAUGAUUUUAAAGUAAUUAAUUUGCAUUUUAUUACAGUUCAAAUCUACAAGUGACUCAUUUUGUCUGCUUUGAGAUUGGAAAAAAACAUGAACUGUGUCUUUCUGGCAUUCAGCACAAGUUUCCGUUGGUGAAGUUGUUUCUGAAUGUCGUCAAACGCUUGUAAAUUCUGAAGAGCAUCUUCAAUUUAGAGGCACAGGAUAGUAGCAGUAUAGUAGUAAUAUUGGGUGUUAUUGUCUUUAACAGGACUCUGUAUGGUAAAGACUGAGGUGACAGUAGUAGUAGUAUUGUAGUAGUAUUGUAGUAGUAGUAGUAUUGUAAAAGUAAUAUUAUACUGUAUAUUCCUGCAGGACUCUGUAUGGUAAAGACUGAGGUGACAGUAGUAGUAGUAUUGUAGUAGUAGUAGUAUUGUAAAAGUAAUAUUAUACUGUAUAUUCCUGCAGGACUCUGUAUGGUAAAGAAUAUGAGGUGACGGCCCACACCUUCCUGGACUCCCAUAAGGCCGAGCGAGACAUCAACCAUUGGCUGUUGCUGACCGCUGAUUCUGCAGGGGCCGGGCUUGACCGCACACAGACAGAACAGGCUAUGGCCGGGCUUACUGUACUGGACCGCACACAGACAGAACAGGCUAUGGCCGGGCUUACUGUACUGGACCGCACACAGACAGAACAGGCAGAACAGGCAGAACAGGCUAGAUGA